AUGAGUGGACGCGACAAUCGAGGCGCCGGCGGGGGCGGAGGUGGAGGCCAUCAUCACCAGCCGCUGAGCAGCGCCAUGGGCAAACUAAAGGAAAAACUAACCAGAGCCGGUAAGCAAUUGCAAUCUAUUCCUAAUCCAACCCCCUUCCAUUUCUCUCGAUUACAGGCAUCCUGGGUAGGUGGCAUCAUGCCGCUCGCUGGUCUGGCCGGUGGCAUUGCUGGCGGUCCGUUCAUAGAGUAUCUGGGCCGGCGUAAUACGAUCCUGGCCACAGCUGUGCCGUUCAUCAUUUCGUGGCUGCUGAUCGCCUGUGCUGUCAAUGUGGUGAUGGUGCUGUGUGGACGCUUCUUGGCCGGUUUCUGUGUGGGCAUCGCAUCGCUGUCGCUGCCCGUUUAUCUGGGUGAAACGGUUCAGCCGGAGGUGCGCGGCACGUUGGGUCUGUUGCCUACGGCRUUUGGUAAUAUUGGCAUAUUGCUGUGCUUUGUGGCCGGCACCUAUAUGGACUGGUCGAUGCUGGCCUUCCUGGGCGGCACGCUGCCUGUUCCAUUCCUCAUACUGAUGUUCCUCAUCCCGGAGACACCGCGCUGGUAUGUGAGCCGUGGACGCGAGGAGCGGGCACGCAAGGCGCUCGUCUGGCUGCGCGGCAAGGAGGCCGACGUCGAGCCGGAGCUGAAGGGUUUAAUGCGCUCCCAGGCGGAUGCCGACAGACAGGCGACUCAGAACACAAUGCUGGAGCUCCUCAAGCGCAGCAAUUUGAAGCCUCUGUCCAUAUCGCUGGGCCUGAUGUUCUUCCAGCAGUUGAGCGGCAUCAACGCCGUCAUUUUCUAUACUGUGCAAAUCUUUCAAGAUGCUGGCUCCACUAUCGAUGGCAAUGUGUGCACCAUCAUUGUGGGCGUGGUCAACUUUAUGGCUACAUUCAUAGCAACGGUGCUGAUCGAUCGCGCUGGCAGAAAGAUCUUGCUUUAUGUCUCCAAUGUGGCCAUGAUCUUGACGCUGUUUGUGCUCGGCGGCUUCUUCUAUUGCAAGUCCACGGGCAUGGAUACCUCGAAUGUGGGCUGGCUGCCGCUGAGUUGCUUUGUCGUUUACAUUUUGGGCUUCUCGCUGGGCUUUGGACCCAUCCCAUGGCUAAUGAUGGGCGAGAUUUUGCCGGCCAAGAUACGCGGCUCAGCGGCGUCAGUGGCCACCGCCUUCAAUUGGUCCUGCACGUUUGUGGUGACCAAAUCCUUCCAGGAUAUGAUAGAUGUUAUGGGCGCACAUGGUGCCUUUUGGAUGUUUGGCGCCAUCUGCUUCGUUGGCCUGUUCUUUGUGAUAUUCUAUGUGCCUGAGACGCAGGGCAAGACGCUGGAGGAUAUUGAGCGCAAGAUGAUGGGACGCGUCCGUCGCAUGUCCUCGGUUGCGAAUAUCAAGCCAUUGUCCUUCAACAUGUAAUUCUGUGCGAUCGGUACGCAUCCAGAUUGGCAUACGGAAUGUGAAGGAUCUUUGAAGCGAUCAAACCAAAUAUUAGUCUAGUGCCUUAGUGCUUAAGUUGUAUAACAAUSACGUCAUCGAUAACGAUAAUUAGAGCUGGCGUCGAUUGUCGAUUGAGCGUGGCUUUAUUUUUAUUUAGCAAAAGAAUUUCCUUUAUUGUUAUUAUUAUUAUUAUUUAUAUCGUCGCUAAGUCGCAUUAGUUUCUAUGAUGCUGUAAAUUAUGAAUUAUGAUGCUGCUGUACAUCGAUAAAUCUCUGUAGAAAAUGACAUAAGUAGUUGAUAAG